UUUCGACUUUAGACUAUUUUAGACUAUUAUAGCAGGUAAGUAGCCUCUUUUGUACAUUUUCAACUUUUGUCAUCACAUCAAACAUGAGUUAUACACAAAUAGCAUACAAAACUCAUAUUAAGGGGUAAAUUGACCUACAUGAACAUAUUGCACAUAAUUGAACUCCAAAUUGUACUUGAUAAUAUAUAUGCUAGUUUACUAAUUAGUCAAAUUGUGCACGCAUCCAAAUAGUCAAAAGUCGCAAUUGUUACACUUUCCUUGCUCGAAUUUUCUUCUAACCAUUUUAGUAGUUUCGUGGCACAAUGGGUAUUUAGUACAACUAAUCUGGUUUCCUUGGAUCUUUCUUGGUGUAAUUUUCAUAGCCUAAUUCAUGGCAAUAUCAAUGGCUUCCGUAACUUGACUUCUCUGAAGUUGCUGCAUGUUUCUAGAAACGAUUUUAUGAAUUCUUCAUUAGUUUUUAAAGGCCUAUCUAGUAAUCUUGUGUCUUUAAAGAUCAGUUAUUGUGGUGUUUCAAGUGCAGCUCUGGAUUCACUUCACAACUUAACCUCCCUUCGUAGCCUUGACAUGAGAGCAAAUGAACUUACUAAGAGAAUACCUAAAUCAUUUGUUAACCUAUGUAAUUUGAGAGAUAUUGAUUUUUCGUUCAACGAUUUUAGUAAUAUUAGUUUAAAUGAUCUUCUUGGAGGUUUGCUCGACUGCGAAUCACAUAUUGGUCGAUCUUCACUCUUAGAGGAGUUAGAUAUUAGUCAAACCAAUAUUUCUGGUACGAUUCCGAAUUUCAUUGGGCAGUUAACUUCUAUGAAAAGAUUACUACUCUAUGGGAAUAGAAUUUUUGGUUCUAUUCCACAAUGGAUUGGACGUUUAUCAUCAUUGGAGGAGUUACAUCUUUCAGAUAACCUUCUGGAUGGUAGCCUUCCUCAUAGCCUUGGUAAUCUUUCGAAGUUAGAAGAGUUAACUUUUUCUAACAAUUUGUUGAUCGGUUUUGUAUCAGAGGCUCACUUUGCCAAACUAGCGAGUUUGAUAUAUCUAACUGGAAAAGGUAACGACUUAACCCUACUAUCGAAACUUGUUAAUUGGGUUCCCCCCGUUCCAGUUGCAGGUCUUGGACUUAAGUUCUUGGAGUUUAGGGCCUCACUUUCCAUGGUGGUUGCAAUCACAAACGCAUCUAACAGGGAGUUUAGGUACAUAAGAAACACAUGCAUUUCUUCAUCCAUGCCUGUGUCGUUUUGGAAAUCAUUCCCUAAUCUAAUGAUUUUAGAUAUGUCGCAUAAUCGGAUCCAGGGAGCGUUGUUAGAUAUCCCUGCAACAAUUAUGAUACUAGACCUAAGUUUUAAUGAGUUUAGCGGGGAAUUACCUAAAUUGUCAAAUGGUUCAUUUAUGUGGAUGUUGGAUCUCUCGAGUAAUUUUUUUUUGGGAUCGGUACAACGUAUAUUGUGUUCCAAUAGUGUAGAAAAGUACUCAGAUCGUAUAGUCAUAAAUGUUCUUAAUUUGGGAAACAAUCAUUUGUCUGGUAUCAUCCCUGAGUGUUGGGACAAAUGGCAGGAGUUGUGGUAUUUAAACUUGGAGAAUAAUCGUUUGUCUAGUGAGAUUCCAGGAACAAUGGGCUCUUUACGUCAGUUACGGUCACUAAGCAUGCGUGGGAACAAGCUCUCAGGAAGAUUACCUGUUUCUCUGAUGAACUUGGAAAGUUUGGUGGUCCUUUAAAUUGGUAGGAAUGAACUUGAAGGAAGCAUUCCAAAAUGGACUGAGGUUCAUGGUAGUGAUUCAUUGGUGAUGAAAGGACGAGAAGACACAUAUGACACUAUUCUUGGACUGGUGACGUUGUUGGACCUUUCAAGUAAUAAUCUUGUUGGGCACAUUUCAAGUGAACUAAUGGCUUUGAGGGGUUGAAGUCUUUGAACUUAUCAAGAAAUAAAUUAACUGGAACGAUCCCGGAGAACAUUGGAGACAUGAAAUCUCUUGAAACUUUUGAUGUAUCACUAAACAAGUUUUCAGGAAGCUUCCUAUGAGCCUCUCAAACUUGACUUCUUUGAAUAGCUUCAAUGUGUCUUACAACCAAUUGAUAGGAAGAGUUCCUUCAAGUACCCAACUUCAGAGCUUCAGUGAGUCCAGCUUCUUUGGCAACAAACUUUGUGGACAUCCACUCUCUGAUCGUUGCAUACCAACUGAAGUACCCAAUGAAGAAGUUCUAAAAGACGACGAUGCACAUGGAGCUGGAGAUUGGGGGUUGAUUAUUAGCAUUACGCUUGGAUUGAUUGUUGGUUUUUGGCUCAUUGUGGCUCCUUUGAUGGUUAGCAGAACAUGGAGGAUCGUAUACUUUGCUUUCUUGAGUGAGCUGGGGUAUAUGGUUUACAAUGUUUUCUGUAAGUACGUAUGAAGGCAACCAGUUUUGUAAAUGAUUAAAAGUGUUUCGUGGUUGCUUAGUAUGUUUUUAAACUUGUAUUGUUAAUCAUAUAGGUAUUACCUUACUAAAGUUUCAAGCAUAUAUCGCCAACGUCUGUAUCAUAAACUCAUUGUCCGGAACUUGCAGGUAGAUCACUGGUGGAAAAGGAUCAAGAGGUUUGAUAUAUUCA